GCAUCGUCACAGCCCCGUAUCACCACUCUUAAAAGGUUAUCUCAACCACUCCUAGCACCAGUUGCUGGCCAGCCUGCCCACUCACCUCCCUGCCGGCUUCUGGCUGCCUUGAAUGCCUGCUUCUUCAAGCUCCUUGUGGGUCUGACAAAGCAGGGACCAUGUCUACCUUUGGCUACAGACGAGGACUUAGCAAAUAUGAGUCCAUUGAUGAGGAUGAACUACUUGCCUCUCUGUCAGCCGAAGAGCUGAAGGAGCUCGAGAGGGAGUUGGAAGACAUUGAACCAGAUCACAGACUACCAGUGGGGUUAAGACAAAAGAGUCUGACAGAGAAAACUUCCACAGGCACGUUCAGCAGAGAGUCGCUCAUGGCCUACUGGGAAAAGGAAUCCCAAAAAAUCCUGGAGAAGGAGAGGCUGGCCGAGUGUGGAAAGGUUGCAGACGAAGACAAAGAGGAGAGCGAGGAAGAACUCAUCUUCACUGAAAGUAACAGUGAGGUUUCUGAGGAGGUGUAUACAGAAGAGGAGGAGGAGUCCGAAGAGGAAGAGGAAGAAGAGGAGGAAGAAGAAGAUAGUCAUGAAGAGGAAAGCACCAUCGAAAAUGCAAAAGGUAUCAAUGGCACUGUAAAUUAUGAUAGUGUGGAUUCAGACAACUCUAAGCCAAAGACAUUUAAAAGUCAAAUGGAAAACAUAAACUUGACCAAUGGCCAAAGUAGAAGAAACACAGAGUCUCCUGCUGGAAUUCAUCCUUGUGGAAACCCUACGGUGAUCGAGGAUGCUUUGGAAAAGAUUAAAAAUAACGACCCUGACACCGUAGAAGUCAACUUGAACAACAUAGAGAACAUCACAACGCAGACUCUCACCCGCUUUGCUGAAGCCCUCAAGAACAACACGGUGGUGAAGACCUUCAGUCUGGCCAACACACACGCUGAUGACAGCGCCGCUGUGGCCAUUGCGGAAAUGCUCAAAGUCAACGAGAACAUCACCAGCAUCAACGUGGAGUCCAACUUUAUCACGGGGAAGGGGAUCCUGGCCAUGAUGAGGGCUCUGCAGCACAACACGGUGCUCACGGAGCUGCGUUUCCACAACCAGAGGCAUAUCAUGGGCAGCCAGGUGGAGAUGGAGAUCGUAAAGCUGCUGAAGGAAAACACCACACUGCUGCGGCUGGGGUACCAUUUUGAGCUCCCAGGACCAAGGAUGAGCAUGACGAGCAUUUUGACGAGGAAUAUGGAUAAACAGAGGCAAAAGCGUAUGCAGGAGCAGAAACAGCAAGAGGGUUGUGAUGGAGGCGCCAACCUCAGGACCAAAGUCUGGUCAAGAGGAACUCCUGGCUCUUCGCCUUAUGCAUCUCCCAGGCACUCUCCCUGGUCAUCCCCCAAACUGUCCAAGAAAGUCCAAAGUGUGAGAAGCCGGCCUCUCUCGCCAGUGGCCACACCUCCUCCUCCUCCUCCUCCUCCUCCUCCCCCUCCUCCCCCACAAGCCCUGGCACCUCCUCCCCCUCCUCCUCCUCCUCCACUCCCAGAGACAAAGUUAAUCACCAGAAACAUCGCAGAAGUGAUCAAGCAGCAGGAGAAUGCUCAGCGGGCACUACAAAAUGGACAGAAAAAGAAAAAAGGGAAAAAGGUGAAGAAACAGCCAAAUAUCCUAAAGGAAAUAAAAAAUUCCCUGAGGUCCGUGCAAGAGAAGAAAGUGGAAGACAGUUCCCGACCUUCCACUCCACAGAGAUCCGUCCAUGACAACCUCAUGGAAGCUAUCCGGGGAAGCAGCAUCAGCCGGCUGAAGCGGGUGGAGGUUCCAGAAGCACUUCGAUAAAAACACGAUCUUUAGAAGAGGAUACAGAAUUGUUCUGUGGUAUCAAAGUAAAAUGCAUUGUGAGAUGUUUCUAAAAUACCUCCUCCAAUUUGAAAUGGCCUCUGACUUUAAAAAGUAGCCUCACCUAUUAGUCCCAGAGAGAAUUUAAAGAAAGAAAUAGCAUGUUUCUUUUGUAAAUAUGAAAAUAAACUUCUUUUUUAUGUCAUGAGAUUUGUAUUGGCAAGAAGUAGUUUAUUCAAAGAUUUUCUUCAUAUCUCUGGAUGCAUUGGUAACUCUGAACUGUAAUGAGAUAACUAGCUGUGCUGUUGUGUUUGCAAUCCCAAUACAUUUGGAUUCAA